AUGGCUCCUACAAUCACUUCAACAGCAGACUACCCAAAGGAACACUUGAACCUGACUCACAAGAUGAGAAAACCCAUUGUGGAGAAACUGCGCAGAGAUCGCAUCAACAAAAUUAUCGAGGACCUCAAGGAUCUCCUUGGUCCAGAGGUCCUCAACCAGCAGCCUGACUACAAGCUGGAAAAAGCUGACAUCCUGGAGUUGACGGUAUCUCUCCUGAGACAACGGCUCCAGCAUAAGCCCUCCUCUGAUGCAGUUCACCUGGGAUUCUCAAGGUGUACCCAAGGGGUCAUAUACUUGAAGUCCGAAGAUGAGGUCCAGACACACUCCCGUGGAACUGUGCUGAACCACUUCCAGACCCAGAAGCCGUCCUCUGAUGAGGACAUGCCAGAUCAAGCCCUGCCUCAGUUUAGUGUGCUGAAUCAGCACACACUGAGCAAAGACAAGAGUCCAGCCAAGAGCGCCCCCUGGAGGCCUUGGUAG